AUGGAUGACCUCAAACGCACCAACUCCAAUGAUACUCGCUCGGCAUCACCCAGCACGGCUCGUCGAUCUCCUCAUCCUUCGACAACAGGCGCCGGCAAACUCUCUCUACCAUACACAACCGAUCCACCCUCUCCUGCAAAUCCUCCACAACAGAAAGUAUGGCUCAUUUUCGGCGCAACAGGACAUAUGGGCCGCUCCGUGACCAAGGCUGCCCUUGCCCACAACGACAUCGUCGCUGCUGUCGGCCAAUCCUUCCACGAUGACCUAGCGAGCAUGAAGCAAUGGCAUGACAUACCCGGUCGAUAUCUGGGCUUGUUAUGUGACGUACGAAUACGUUCCAGCGUGGCCUCGGUCAUUGACCAGACCAUGAAAACGUUUGGCAGAGUGGAUGUCGUCGCAAACUGCUCUGGCUACGGCGUGAUAGGGGCCUGUGAAGACCAGGAUGAGCAUGAAAUUCGCAAUCAGUUCGAAACCAACUUUAUGGGCACGUUGAAUAUCAUCCAACUUUCGCUGCCCCAUUUCCGGGAACGCCAGGACGGGAGAUAUUUGAUAUUCAGCUCGACGAGCGGCGCACUCGGAGUCCCUGGCUUGGGACCAUAUUGUGCGACCAAGUAUGCCGUAGAGGGCCUGAUCGAAAGUAUGCUGUACGAGGUUGAUCCCUUCAACAUUAAACUCACCCUCGUUGAGCCGGCCCACAUGCGCCGGGACGACAAUGACAUUUUCCCACCCUCACAGCCAGAUCUACCCAGCUCGACCACGACGACUACCACGACCACCACCAACGGACAAAUCCCCCAGCAAACGCAACAACAGCAGCAACAACAAAAUAAUCAAAAGCAGAACAAACUAGCCCUCUUCGGCCACUUCAAAGUCGCCCGCCCGUCAUCGCCGUAUGCGACCAAAGACUCCCCUGCCGCCCACGCCCAACGGACUCUGCAGUGGAUGGGGGCCAACCAACCCACCUCGGUCGUCAAGGCCGCCGAACUGGUCUGGCAGCUCGGCCACUGCCGCUAUCCGCCACUAAGAUUGUUGCUGGGAAGCUUCGCGGUGGACAGCAUCCGCGACCGGCUGAAGAGCAUCAUCGAAGAGAUCGAGGACUGGAAACACCUGAAUUUCCCGCCGCUUGAGGGGUUCGAGGAGAAAGAGGACGGGGAAGGCGAUGGUGAUGGUGAUGGAGAAGGAGAAGAGGGAGAGGGCGAUGGCGAUGGCGAUGGUGAUGGCGAGGGCGACGCUGAUGUUGAAGUUGACGACCGCGCCGACCACGAUGAACAAGGACCUGGAAACGAAGUCGACAUCUCCAGAAAGGCCGGAGGCCAAGAUAAAGAGAUGGGAGAGGCCGAAGGGCGAAGAGGCAAAGGAGAAGGAGGACAGGUGCAUGUAAAGCGGGAGGGGGAGAUGGAUCUAGAUGAUUGA